AUGGCUGGUAGUAUAACUGAAGCAAUCACUCAACCAAUCAACGACCAAUUGCAUAAAGCAGCAGACAAAGUCACCACUGGAGGUAGUGGCAGCGGCAGCGGUAGUGCUCCAGCUGCACCUAAAAAGGGCAAGAUUGUUGAAUUCACCCCAGCUUAUUACGCUGCUUGUACAUUGGGUGGUAUUAUUGCUUGUGGACCCACUCAUUCAGCAGUCACCCCCUUGGACUUGGUCAAGUGUCGUCGUCAAGUUGAUGGCCAUUUGUAUAAAUCCAAUGUUCAAGGAUGGAAAACCAUUCUUAAAACUAAAGGUGAUUCAAUCUUUACUGGUAUUGGUGCUACUUUUAUUGGUUAUUCCUUCCAGGGUGCUGGUAAAUAUGGGUUCUAUGAAUUUUUCAAAAAGACAUAUAGUGAUUUAGUUGGUCCUAAAUGGGCCAAUGAUUACAAGACAGGGGUGUUUUUGGCUGCUUCUGCUUCAGCUGAAUUUUUGGCUGAUAUUGCCUUGUGUCCAUUUGAAACUAUUAAAGUCAAAACGCAAACUACAAUCCCACCAUAUGCCAAUUCUGUCUUCGAUGGAUGGAACAAGAUUGUUAGCAAAGAAGGUUUUGGUGGAUUGUACAAGGGUAUUGUUCCAUUAUGGUGUAGACAAAUUCCAUAUACCAUGGUGAAAUUUGCCAGUUUUGAAAAUAUUGUUAAUGGUAUUUAUAGUUAUUUGGGCCAUCCCAAAUCUCACUAUAAUUCAUUACAACAAACUGGUGUUUCAUUUACUGGUGGUUAUUUAGCUGGUAUUUUGUGUGCCAUUGUUUCUCAUCCUGCUGAUGUUAUGGUGUCAAAGAUCAAUGCGGAUAAGAAACCAGGUGAAACCACAGGACAAGCAUUGGGAAGAAUUUAUCAAAAGAUUGGAUUUGCUGGAUUGUGGAAUGGAUUACCCGUGAGAAUCUUUAUGAUUGGUACAUUGACUGGAUUCCAAUGGUUGAUUUAUGAUUCAUUUAAAGUGUUUGUUGGAUUACCAACCACUGGUGGUCAUUAA